UCCUAAAAUGCAUGACAAAAUGAACGUACUUUUUGAUGACGUAAAUGUCAAAAUACUAAUUUAACAAAUGUCACAGUCAAGUCAAACUUUCCAACUACAAGUGAUUAUCAGUAGUCGUAUUUCAUACAUUUUCCUUAAAUUUUAAAUUAUUUUAGCUUGUAAAAUGGAGUCGCAGCCUUCGAAAGAAGACAUUGAAGUAGUAUUUAAUAGACUAAGAUCAAUUCAAACAAAUAAGGUUUGCUUCGAUUGUAAUGCCAAGAAUCCUACAUGGGCUAGUGUAACGUAUGGUGUCUUCAUUUGUAUAGACUGCUCAGCAGUCCAUAGAAGCCUAGGUGUUCAUCUUACAUUUGUGAGGUCCACACAGUUGGAUACAAAUUGGACUACAUUACAGCUGAGACAGAUGCAGUUAGGUGGAAACAGUAAUGCAUUACAGUUUUUUAGUCAACAUAAUUGCAAUACAAAUGAUGCUCAGAAGAAGUAUAACUCUCGAGCAGCUCAACUAUACAGAGAAAAAUUGAGUCAAACUGCAUCAAAUUCUCUCAGAACUGGUGCACAAUUGCAUGUUCAUCCACCAACUCAAGAAAAGGCAGAAGAAAAGGAAGAAGAUUUUUUCUCAAUAGAAGAUAAUUUCAAUUCCAAAGAACCGUCAUACAGAUCACAAUCAAAUAUCGUAGAAGUAUCUGAAUCAGGUAGAGUUUCAGAAAAUGUAAGACUUGCAGAUCAAUUAAAUCCUGGAGAAGGCCCAAGCGUAGAUUUCUUAUUAACAAACAGUACACAAGUGGAGCCAAAAAAAUCAUCAAUUGGAUCUAGAAAACCUGCAGCAAAGAAAUCAACGCUGGGAUCAAAAAAAUCUGGCCUUGGGGCUACAAAAGUCAAAACAAACUUCGCUGAGCUAGAAAGAGAGGCUGAAUUGGCAGAAGAACAGCGUACCAAAGCUGCCGAGGAAUCUUUGAGGAUGGCCGCAUUGACUGUAAAGGAACAAGAAGAAAGGGACGCGGCGGUUCGAUUGGUUUAUAAGGACAUUAAUACACAGCAGCAAAAGAAAGAAGAACAGUUAAGAAAAGAUGAUCCAAAGAAAGCUGAUCAAUUAGAAAGGCUUGGAAUGGGGAUGAGCUCAAGAGCAGGGAUAAGCCACUCAGCCGUCAGCGACAUGCAAACUAUUGAACAAAAAAAUGUCCACUCACCAAGCAGUACAUUGUCAUCUUUAGGAAAAUUACGCCUGACAGAUAGUGACAAUUUUUUGGAUGACUAUACUUACGGAAACACUCUGAGUAUGAUUCGCAAUUCCAAUAGUUAUGGAGACAGUAAAUUAAAUGCAUUCCUAGCCGAUCUUGCCGAUGCUAAAUCUUUAUCAGAGAGCAGUAAAUCUAGCAAAGACAGUUGGGUCAUUAUUGAUGAUCCUCCUGAAAAACCUAAAAGUAGUUCUUAUGAAAGGGAAAGGGAACGAGAACGGGAAAAAGAACGAAAAAAGGAGAGACACGUUAUUUCAUCUCCAAGCACCAGCGAUGAGGCUCAAAAGAAAUUUGGAAACGCUAAAGCCAUCUCAUCUGACCAGUUUUUCAAUGACAAUGGUGCAGAUUAUGAAACCAAAGCCAAUUUAAGCAGAUUUCAAGGAUCUUCCAGUAUAUCGUCAGCAGAAUUUUUUGGAAAUGGAAACGAAUCUAACCAUCCCAGCAAUAAUAUGCCACAGUAUGAUAUGGAAGAUGUUAAAGAAAGUGUUCGACAAGGAGUUACUAAAGUUGCUGGCAAAUUAGGCUCACUUGCUAAUGGUUUGAUGUCUUCGAUACAGGAUCGUUAUGGUUACUAGCAUAUAACUAUAGACGAUGAAUUGGAGAAAAUAGCACAUUUACAUACUUCUUAAAAUUUGUUGCAAAUUUCGGUUUCUGAUAAAUUUAACGAACUCGGAUGUGCCUCUGACAAUAGAAGUAGUUAAUAAAUUAAAAGUAACAUAUUGAAAUUGAUACAUAAAUAAGGAUAAAUCUGUUGGAAACAAAUGCAUACUCGAUUUUGAAUGUCUCUCAAAGUGCAGUUGAAUAAUAAAGUUUUGUGGAUUAUUAAUAAAUUGUUUUUUGUUAUUCUGUUUUAAAACUUGAUUAUUAUAAUAAAUGUAUU